AUGUCGCAACAACACUACAUCUACUACGACUCCGACAACCACACCUACCACUACUCCGGCAACCACACCUACUACCACUCCGACAGCUACAACUACCACCACUCCGACAACCACACCUACUACCACUCCGACAACCACACCUACUACCACUCCGACAACCACACCUACCACAACUCCGACAACCACACCUACUACUACUCCGACAACCACACCUACUACCACUCCGACAACCACCUCUACUACCAUUCCGACAACUACAUCUACCACCACUCCGGCAACCACACCUACCACUACUCAGACAACAACACCUACCACUACUCCGACAACUACACCUACUACUACUCCGACAACUGCCGACAACCACACCUACUACUAAUCCGACAACCACACCUACUACUACUCCGGCAACCACACCUACUACCACUCCGACACCAACACCUACUACUACAACGACAACAACACCAACUACCUACUACUACUCCGACAACCACACCUACUACCACACCGACAACUACACCUACUACUACUCCGACAACCACACCUACUACCACACCGACAACUACACCUACUACUACUCCGACAACUACACCUACUACUACUUCGACAACCACACCUACUACUACUCCGACAACCACACCUACCACCUACCACUACUCUCCGACAACCACACCUACUACCACUCCGACAACUACACCUACUACUACUCCGACAACUACACCCACUACUACUCCGACAACCACACCUACUACUACUCCGACAACCACACCAACUACCACACCGACAACCACACUUACUACUACUCCGACAACCACACCUACUACUACACCGACAACUACACCUACUACCACUCCGACAACCACACCUACUACUACUCCGACAACCACACCUACUACCACACCGACAACUACACCUACUACUACUCCGACAACUACACCUACUACUACUCCGACAACCACACCUACUACUACUCCGACAACUACACCUACUACUACUCCGACAACCACACCUACUACUACUCCGACAACUACACCUACUACCACUCCGACAACAACACCUACUACUACUCCGACAACUACACCUACUACUACUACAACGACAACUACACCUACUACCACACCGACACCAACACCUACUACUACAACGACAACCACACCUACGACCACUCCGACAACAACAAACACUACCACUCCGACAACCACACCUACUACCACUCCGACAACCACACCUACUACCACUCCGACAACCACACCUACUACUACACCGACAACUACACCUACUACCACUCCGACAACCACACCAACUACUACUCUGACAACUACCUCUACUUCUAAUCCGACAACCACACCUACUACCACUCCGACAACUACACCUACUACUACUUCGAUAACUACGCCUACUACUACUGCGACAACCACACUUACUACUGCUCCGACAACAACACCUACUACUAUACCAACAACUACACCUACUACCACUCCGACAACCACACCUUCUACCACUACAACAACCACACCUACUACUACUACAACACACCUACUCCGGCAACCACACCUACUACCACUCCGACAACCACACCUACUACCACUCCGACAACAACAACUACUACUACUCCGGCAACCACACCUACUACCACUCCGACAACCACACCUACUACUAAUCCGACAACCACACCUACUACUACUCCGGCAACCACACCUACUACCAUUCCGACAACUACAUCUACCACCACUCCGGCAACCACACCUACCACUACUCAGACAACAACACCUACCACUACUCCGACAACUACACCUACUACUACUCCGACAACUACACCUACUACUACUCCGCCAACUGCAUCUACUACCACUCCGACAACUACACCUACCACUACUCCGACAACCACACCUACCACAACUCCGGCAACCACACCAACUACUACUCAGACAACCACACCUACUACUAUUCCGAACACACCUACACUAUUCUACAACCACACCUCCUACUACACCGACAACCACACCUACUACCACUCCGACAACUACACCUACCACUACUCCGACAACCACACCUACCACAACUCCGGCAACCACACCAACUACUACUCAGACAACCACACCUACUACUAUUCCGACAACAACACCUACUACUACUCCGACAACCACACCUACUACCACUACGACAACUACACCUACUACUACUCCGACAACCACCUCUACUACUACUCCGACAACUACACCUACUACCACUCAGACAACAACACCUACUACUACUCCGACAACUACACCUACUACCACUACGACAACUACACCUACUACUACUCCGACACCAACACAUACUACUACAAUGACAACAACACCUACUACCACUACUCCGACAACCACACCUACUACCACUCCGACAACCACACCUACUACCACUCCGACAACUACACCUACUACCACUCCGACAACUACACCUACUACUACUCCGACAACUACACCUACUACUACUCCGACAACUACACCUACUACCACUCCGACAACAACACCUACUACUACUCCGACAACAACACCUACUACUAUACCGACAACUACACCUACUACCACUCCGACAACCACACCUACUACCACUCCGACAACCACACCUACUACUUCUCCGACAACUACACCUACUACUACUCCGACAACCACACCUACUACCAUUCCUACAACUACACGUACUACUACUCCGACAACCACACUAACUACCACUCCGACAACCACACCUACUACUACUCCGACAACUACACCUACGACAACCACACCUACUACCACUCCGACAACUACACCUACUACUACAACGACAACAACACCUACUACCACUCCGACAACUACACCUACUACAACUCCGACGACCACACCUACUACCACUACUCCGACCACCACACCUACUACUACUCCUACAACUACACCUACUACUACAACGACAACAACACCUACUACCACUCCGACAACUACACCUACUACAACUCCGACGACCACACCUACUACCACUACUCCGACAACCACACCUACUACCAUUCCUACAACUACACGUACUACUACUCCGACAACCACACUAACUACCACUCCGACAACUACACCUACUACUACUGCGACAACUACACCUACUACCACUCCGACAACAACACCUACUACUACCCCGACAACAACACCUACUACUAUACCGACAACUACACCUACUACCACUCCGACAACUAAACCUACUACUACUCCGAUAACCACACCUACUACCAUUCCUACAACUACACCAACUUCUACUCCGACAACCACACUAACUACCACUCCGACAACCACACCUACUACCACUACUCCGACAACAACACAUACUACUAUACCGACAACUACACCUACUACCACUCCGACAACUACACCUACUACUAUACCGACAACCACACCUACUACUACUCCGACAACCACACCUACCACCACUACGACAACCACACCUACUACCACUCCGACAACUACACCUACAACCACUCCGACAACCACACCUACUACUACUCCGACAACCACACCUACUACCACUCCGACACCAACACCUACUACUACUCCGACAACAACACCUACUACCACUACUCCGACAACCACACCUACUACUACUCCGACAACCACACUUACUACUACUCCGUCAACUACACCUACUACCACUCCGACAACUACACCUACUACUACUCCGACGACCACACCUACCACCACUACUCCGACAACCACACCUACUACUACUCCGGCAACCACACCAACUACUACUCAGACAACCACACCUACUACCACUCCGACAACCACACCUACUACCACUCCGACAACUACACCUACUACCACUCCGACAACCACACCUACGACAACCACACCUACUACUACUCCGACAACCACACCUACUACCACUCCGACAACCACACCUACUACCACUCCGACAACUACACCUACCACUACUCCGACAACCACACCUACUACCACUACUCCGACAACAACACCUACUACCACUCCGACAACCACACCUACUACCACUCCGACAACCACACCUACUACCACUCCGACAACUACACCUACUACCACUCCGACAACUACACUUACUACUACUCCGACAACUACACCUACUACUACUGAGACAACUACACCUACUACCACUCCGACAACAACACCUACUACUACUCCGACAACAACACCUAUUACUAUACCGACAACUACACCUACUACUAUACCGACAACUACACCUACUACCACUCCGACAACCACACCUACUACCACUCCGACAACCACACCUACUACUUCUCCGACAACCACACCUACUACCAUUCAGACAACAACACCUACUACCACUCCGACAACCACACCUACUACCACUACUCCGACAACAACACAAACUACUAUACCGACAACUACACCUACUACCACUCCGACAACUAAACCUACUACCACUCCGACAACUACACCUACUACUAUACCGACAACUACACCUACUACUACUCCGACAACCACACCUACUACCACUCCGACAACCACACCUACUACCACUCCGACAAAUACACCUACCACUACUCUGACAACCACACCUACUACCACUCCGACAACCACACCUACUACCACUCCGACAAAUACACCUACCACUACUCUGACAACAACACCUACUACCACUCCGACAACCACACCUACUCCGACAACUACACCAACAACCACUCCGACAACCACACCUACUACCACUCCGACAACCACACCUACUACUACUCCGACAACCACACUAACUACUACUCCGACAACCACACCUACUACUACUCCGACAACUACACCUACAACCACUCCGACAACCACACCUACUACCACUCCGACAACUACACCUACUACCACUCCGACAACCACACUUGCAACCACUCCGACAACUACACCUACUACCACUCCGACAAAUUCACCUACUUUUACUCCGACAUCUACAUCUACUCCAACAUCUACUCCGACAUCUAUAUCUACUCCAACAUCUACAUCUACUACAACAUCUACAUCUACUCAAACAUCUACUCCAACAUCAACAUCUACUCCAAAAUCUGCAUCUACUCCGACAUCUACAUCUACCCAAACAUCUACUCCAACAUCAACAUCUACUCCAACAUCUGCAUCUACUCCGACAUCUACAUCUACUCCAACAUCUACAUCUACUCUAACAUCUACUCCAACAUCUACAUCUACUCAAACAUCUACUCCGACAUCUACUUCUACUCCAACAUCUACAUCUACUCCAACAUCUACAUCUACUCCAACAUCUACAUCUACUCCAAUAUCUACAUCUACUCCAACAUCUGCAUCUACUCAAACAUCUACUCCGACAUCUACAUCUACUACAACAUCUACAUCUACUCCAAAAUCUACUCCGACAUCUACAUCUACUCCAACAUCUACUCCGACAUCUACAUCUACUCCAACAUCUACUCCGACAUCUACAUCUACUACAACAUCUACUCCGACAUCUACAUCUACUACAACAUAUACAUCUACUCCAAAAUCUACUCCGACAUUUACAUCUACUCCAACAUCUACUCCGACAUCUACAUCUACUACAACAUCUACUCCGACAUCUACUUCUACUCCAACAUCUGCAUCUACUCCGACAUCUACAUCUACUCCAACAUCUACAUCUACUCUAACAUCUACUCCAACAUCAACAUCUACUCAAACAUCUACUCCGACAUCUACUUCUACUCCAACAUCUACAUCUACUCCAAUAUCUACAUCUACUCCAAAAUCUACUCCGACAUCUACAUCUACUACAACAUCUACAUCUACUCCAAAAUCUACUCCGACAUCUACAUCUACUACAACAUCUACUCCGACAUCUACAUCUACUCCAACAUUUACUCCGACAUCUACAUCUACUCCAACAUCUGCAUCUACUCCGACAUCUACAUCUACUCCAACAUCUACAUCUACUCUAACAUCUACUCCAACACCUUCAUCUACUCUAACAUCUACUCCGACAUCAACAUCUACUCUAACAUCUACUCCAACAUCUACAUCUACUCCAACAUCUACUCCGACAUCUACAUCUACUCCAACACCUGCAUCUACUCCAAAAUCUACUCCGACAUCUACAUCUACUACAACAUCUACAUCUACUCCAAGAUAUACUCCGACAUUUACAUCUACUACAACAUCUACUCCGACAUCUACAUCUACUCCAACAUCUACUCCGACAUCUACGUCUACUACAACAUCUACUCCGACAUCUACAUCUACUCCAACAUCUACAUCUACUCUAACAUCUACUCCAACAUCUACAUCUACUCAAACAUCUACUCCGACAUCUACUUCUACUCCAACAUCUACAUCUACUCCAAUAUCUACAUCUACUCCAACAUCUACUCCGACAUCUACAUCUACUCCAACACCUGCAUCUACUCAAACAUCUACUCCGACAUCUACAUCUACUACAACAUCUACAUCUACUACAACAUCUACAUCUACUCCAAAAUCUACUCCGACAUCUACAUCUACUCCGACAUCUACAUCUACUACAACAUCUACAUCUACUCCAAAAUCUACUCCGACAUCUACAUCUACUACAACAUCUACAUCUACAUCUACUCCAACAUCUACUCCGACAUCUACAUCUACUACAACAUCUACUCCGACAUCUACUUCUACUUCAACAUCUGCAUCUACUCCGACAUCUACAUCUACUCUAACAUCUACUCCAACAUCAACAUCUACUCAAACAUCUACUCCGACAUCUACUUCUACUCCAACAUCUACAUCUACUCCAAUAUCUACAUCUACUCCAACACCUGCAUCUACUCAAACAUCUACUCCGACAUCUACAUCUACUCCAACAUCUACUCCAACAUCAACAUCUACUUCGCCAACCACACCUACUACCACUCCGACAACUACACCUACUACUACUCCAACAACUACUGACAACGUUACAACUACAUCUAGUACUAAUACAUCGCCUGUCACAUCUACUGUUUCAUCAUCAGCCUCAUCUAAACACACAUCCGCAGUGACAUCUCUAAGCACUACAACACAUGUUCCAACAACCACGGACAUUACUGAGACGGUAGUGCCGAUCGAUGAAAUCGUCCUUGCAGUGACCUUGACGGUCGUGGUGGACAUGCCAUUUGAAAAAGACCUGGAACAGAAAGGUACUUCUCUCUACAAAGCGUAUGAGGAUGGAUUCCGUAAAAUGUUAAAUGAUCUAUAUAGCGAAACAAAGGGAUUUUACAGAGUGACGAUUAUCGGAUUCAGAUGUAACCCGAACACCAUGUUCGAGUAUUACAGUGAGGAAUGUCAGAAGUUUGGUGACAUCGCCAACAUCAUGGCGUUGGCCGGAGGGCUUGGAGGGGCAGUUAUCGUGAUAAUCGCGGUGAUCGUAUAUAUGCAUAAGAGAAAAAGCACGGAAAAAGGAACGUCAAACAAAAAUAUCCCUGGAUAUGGAAGUGAAUUCAGCAUGCCGACAAAAGUGAAAAAGUGGAAAGCCAACAGAGCGUAUAAUGUUGGAGAUAGCUCUGAACGGGAACAACGAAUGCCCAGGGACCUGAUAUGGAAUAGUUCCGAACAGGACCGUCCGGGUGGAUACUAUAACGGUUGGGAAAGUGUCAGUGAAUACCCAGCUGUGCCGUCGCGCAUGUACAUGCCAAUGUCAGCAAGUCAUUCACCACGUGACUAUCAUUCAUCCGCGACGCACGACCGAAGAACUUCACGAUACUCCGAGCCUGGCGACGCGUACAGAUCACUCGACACAGAAAACGAGUUUUCAUUCACAUUUGAACGAUCCAUCCAUGAUCUUACCUGGCCCGAACAGUCGGCCCUUGCGUAUCGUUAUCGUAUCGCAUUGAACUCGACUUUUUCACUUUUUAAGAUUCCUCCACGAAAUAUUGCCCUUUGCCCGACCUGGUCAAACUUUUGA